AUGGAGCCGCGGCCGCGCCCGGUGGCCGUCGCCGUCAACGCGCUGCUCUGCGUCCUCUCUCUCUGCGUGUCCGCGGCCGAGGCCGAGAACGUGACCACCUACGACGCCAAGAACUUCGGCGCUAAAGGCAACGGGGUCGACGACGAUACCAAGGCGCUGGUGGCGGCAUGGAAGAAAGCGUGCGGGACGCCUGGCACGGUGACGCUGGUGAUCCCGCCGGGGACCUACUACAUCGGGCCCGCGCACUUCCACGGCCCCUGCGAAGCCGUCGCCAUCACCUUCUUCCUCCAGGCAAGCACUUGUGGGGUGCUCAUGGCGGCAACGGAUCUGAAGCGUUUUGGCAAUGACUGGAUUGAGUUCGGGUGGGUGACAAACCUCACCGUGGUUGGCCAGAACGGCGGCGUCAUCGACGGCCAGGGCGCCGCCUCCUGGCCAUUUAACAAGUGUCCCGUCCGAAAGGAUUGCAAAGUCCUUCCCACCAGUGUGAUGUUCUUGAACAACCAGAACACGGUGGUGCGCGACAUCACCUCGGUGAACAGCAAGUUCUUCCACAUCGCGCUGCUGCACAACAACAACAUGAGGAUGAGCAACCUCCGGAUCCACGCGCCCGAGAACAGCCCCAACACGGACGGCAUCCACAUCGAGCGGAACACGGGCGUGAUCAUCUCCGACUCCCGUAUCGGCACCGGCGACGACUGCAUCUCCAUCGGCCAGGGGAACCACAAUAUAUACAUCGCCCGUGUCCACUGCGGCCCGGGCCACGGCAUGAGCGUUGGUAGCCUCGGCCGCUACGUCGGCGAGGGCGACGUCACUAGCAUCCACGUCACCGACAUGACCUUCCAGGGCACCAUGAACGGCGUCCGCAUCAAGACAUGGGAGAACUCCCCUACCAAGAGCUUCGCCGCGCGCAUGCUGUUCGAGAACAUGGUGAUGAAGGACGUGCAGACCCCCAUCAUCAUCGACCAGAAGUACUGCCCUUACUACAACUGCGAGCACAGGUACGUCUCCGGGGUCACAAUCGAGGACAUCAAGUUCAAGAACAUCAAGGGAACGUCGACGUUGCCCGUGGCCGUGCUGCUCCGGUGCGGCGUGCCGUGCCGCGGCGUCGUGCUGCAGAACGUCGACCUCAGCUACAACGGACAGGCAGGCACCUUGUCACACUGCGAGAACGCCAAUGCCACCUACGUUGGCUACCAGCACCCACAGCCAUGCAUCUAG